AUGAGCCCUGGGGGUGGGCACCACGAGGAGACGGCAGCGGAGCUCCCGGCGCUGCUUCUCUUCCUCCUCUUCGUUGUGCAAGCUUGGGCAGGGGGAGGCCGGGAGGAGGUGCUGGGGGCCGUCCAGGGGGCGGCUCUGCUCAGCCCCAGCCGGCAGAACCUCUCCGCCUUGCACCGGGUGCACUGGAGGCGAGGCCGGGAGCUGAAGGUGGCCGUCAGGGACCGCGGCAGCGAGGUGCAGUACCCCAGCAAAGACUACCGGGGCCGCCUGGAGCUGCUCCCCAACAACAGCCUCCGCAUCAGCCCCCUGCGCAAGAACGACAGCAGCACCUACCAGGUGUACCUGGAGCAAGAGCAGGGCGAGGUGCACGUGGAGAGCAUCCCCCUGAGGGUCUACGAUCGAGUCCCGAAGCCCUCGCUGAGGGUCAGGGUGAGCAAGGCCGAGCCCGAGCUGUGCUCAGCCACCCUGGAGUGCGAGGUGGAGCCGGAGGAGGAGCUGGGGGGGGUGACCUACGAGUGGCUGUCCCCCCGGCGGCCGCUGCUGGCCGGUGCCAAGCUGCAGGUGGCCUUCAACCCCUCGCUGGAGACCUACACCUGCAGGGCCAGCAACCCUGUGUCCUCCAGCAAUGCCUCCCUGACCUUCAGGCCCCCCUGCUCCUGGGCAGACCUGGGGAUGAAAUCUGCUGCCUUGGUGCUCUGA